AUGUCUGAAAAGCCCCGCUCAACCAAACCAUCAUCAAAGAUGCCCAGCAUCUCAUCCUCCAAGCCAUCUUCCAAAAUGCCGAAGACCGAAGACGACGACGCUGUCCUCCCCUCCGCCAUGUUCAAAGACAUGUCUCUCACCCCUCAGGAAAGCAAGAUCAAUUUAUCUUCCCGAGCUCCAGGCAAGGAGCAAGACAAGAAAGCCAAGUCGACAUUCGCUCCCAUCCCAGAGGACGAUGUCUAUGGCGAGGAAUACGACGACUUUGAGGAGUUGACAUCACCGAAAUCGAACUACCCGGAGCUCAUCUCACCAGGCAAGAAACCGCAAUCCCGCGUGCCGAGCUCGUCCGCUUACAACGAUGCGAAAAGCAGCCUCACUGAGAAGGCGAAAUCUGUCUUGCCGAGCGCGAUGUUCAAGGAUGAGUCCAAGGCUCCAAAGGCGAAGUCUGUCAUGCCGAGCGCGAUGUUCAAGGAUGAGUCCAGGGCUCCAAAGGCGAAGUCUGUGAUGCCGAGCGCGAUGUUCAAGGAUGAGUCCAAGGCCCCAAAGGCGAAGUCUGUUCUACCGUCUGCUUUCUUCAGGGAUGAAUCAAAGGCUCCGAAGGCAAGUUCAGUUAUGCCAAGGGCAAAGUCCGUUAUGCCAAGUGCCUUUUUCAAAGAUGAGUCGAGAGCAGCUCCGAAAGCGCAGUCUGUUCUACAGUCAGCUUUCUUCCGGGAUGAGUCUAGGUUUGCGGAUGAUGAAUCUUUCGUUCCCAAAAGUUUCUUAAUGACCAAGGAAGACAAGAUUAUGUCGACUCGACAGACUGAGUUUACCAGUCUCGCCCCGGAAGAGCAGAAGAAGCAAGACGAAUGGGCUCAGAAGAAGAUCGAGGAGAUGGGAGCUUGCCCAGAGCAGUACAGAUGGAUACGUAAAGACGAGAAUGGCUGGGGCGGAUAUAUCUGCGCAGAGGGUCGACACGGAAUGCCGGACUUGCUCAUAGCAGAAGGAGAAGGAGCUAUUAUCGUCUUGGAAAAGAAGAACGACCUUACCGGACCCAAAGGAGGCCCAUGGUAUCCUCAUCCUACCAUCAAGAACUGCUACAUCUAUGUCAAACGAAAGGAGUGGUUGGACGGUGUCAAGCCUUAUAAUCAGCCUGCAUUCCUCGGAUCCGAUAAGCAGCGAGAAAGGGCAAAGUGGGAGUUCUAUAGUGAGAGUCUUGAGGAAGCUUUGAGAAUGAAGUACCAGUGGCCUCAGAAGGAGCCGCCUCAGGAGUGGGCUGAUGACAAGAAUAUUCCGAAGACGAAGGAGGAGCGGAAGGCGGCGGCGGCUACGAAGAACUAAGUGUCAUUCCCAAAUAUGGCCCCAGUGGAGUGUAGGAUAUGGCAAAUGGGUCGAGGUUGUCUCAAACAACGAAUGUAAAUAGCUAAUGGACGUUGCAUUUCAACGUUUCCUUCCAAUCCUUUGGAUGAAGUUGAAU